AUUUGAACGCUGCGCAUGCUCCGUGUAUAAAAAAUUCGCGCACUCCGCUGUCUUAGCACCGUUUUUUAUAACCGUUUUUCGUUGUUUAACAAAUAUGCUUCACUAGGCCAUUAAGCAAACUGGAAUACAAAACAGAAGUAAAAUAAUUGAAAGUGUGUGAGAAUCAAAGGAAUAAAAUGCGGAUCCCCAAGGGAAGAUUGAGCGACUGGCUUCUGCCAUUGGCAUUUGUUGCCAGCCUGUUUCCCUUUCUCCAAGCCACUGGCACAGUUCCUGAAACCCCUCAAAUCAAUGGAAAUCUCCGAGGCAGCCAGAACAACAGUGGCAUUGGCGACUCUGAUCUGAGUGCCUCGGAGCGGACUCGACGACUGAUACCCUAUAUGGCCUUCUAUCUGCCCGCCCCCGAGUUGCCCAUCAAUCAGCAGUAUGCAACGAAGCACUCGUCAUCGGCUGGCGGGGCACAGCUGCAGGCACCACCGCCAGGACCAGGAAGGAUACCAGUGCCGGUGGCCUACAUGCCGCAGCACAAGCACCAUCCUCACCAUCACCAGGGACCCCCUCAUCCGCCACCACUGCCGCACUAUCAGUCGGGAGCAGGCGAGGUGUACCACUCACUGGCCAUUGGGGGCCACCAGCAUCAGCAUCCCCAUGCGCCCCCACAUCCGCCACCUGGUCAUGUCAAGGAGCAGACGGCAAUAACCGAUUCGGGUGCCACUUUUAUUGCCUAUAAGCCGUUGAACCCGACGCACAAGCACAAGACGGUGCAGCAUUUUCCGCCGCUGCCGCCGUCACCCAAGGAGCAACUGCAGCAUCCACAGCAUCCUCAGCAGCAGCAGCACCUCCUCUUGCACCACCAGCAGCAACAGCAACAACCACAACAAUUUGAGAUACUAUCACCGGGAUUGGUGGCAUCAUCCCAGUCGCAGCGCCAGCGAGGCAAACAAUCAAAAAUCAAUUUAACGCCAUUUACAGCGCAGAACACAUUGCCGGGACAGUUUAUACCCAUUAUUUAUACGCCAGUGAGCAGCGGCAGCAAGCCGGGCUCCACCAAUACCAUCAAUUACAACCUGAAGCAGCCAGAAAUUGUCUAUAAAAAUUCCCAUCAAACACAAAUCGUUACGGAUUAUGCAGCCGGAGCUGUUGCCUCAGCGGGGCAGCCUUCAUCAUCAUCUGAUGAGGAGUUGGGAAAAGAAGAGAAGGUGGAGGAGCAGCAGGAGGAUCAUGGCGCCGAAGAGGAGGAGGCGGUGGAGGAGCAACAGCACCAGCAAGUGCAAAACAAUCCAAGCAUUGGCUACGCUUCCGUCUCGGUGGCCGAUUCGAGCGCAGCAGCUCCCGCCACACCAUCCACUAAAAACGCAUUGAUAAUACAUCAAAAAUCGCCGACAUUUGGGCAUGUAAGUAAGUACGAAAGUUACUUCAACAUGGCCCCGCCCACGACUAGUGUUGGUGGCCAUCAUCCGCAUCCUCAUCAGCAGCAUCCGCAUAUGACGCCGCAGGAGAAAUAUGUGCUUUACUUACAACAGCGCAUGAAACAGCAAAAACAUCAGCAACAUCAGCAUCUGCAGCAGCAGCAGCAGCAUUACGACUUUUCACAUCCGGUGGUGCCGGCACAAAGCAAUACACUGGCCGGCAGCCACCAGCCACAACAACAACACACCCAUCUGCAUCCCCAUCAUCCCCAGACCAAGACCCAUCACCCGAACAAGUACGAUGCCCUCUACGUAAGACCGGAUGCGACUGCUGGCCAACAGGUGCUGCACAUCCCGCUGCGCGCCCUCAUGGCCCACGUCCAAGAGCAGUCGCAUUCCCAGUCGCAAUAUCAGUCCGAGUCGCAGGCACAGCCGCCGCGACUUGAGUUUGCAAAGGAUGAGCCGCUUGGUUCCCCAUCACCGCCGCAGUUUAUUGACUAUCUGAUAGAUGGACCCAGGCAAUCGUUGGAUGAGGAGCAGCAGCAGCAUUCCCAGCAUGAGCGUCCCUCGGCCCAUCAGCCACCGCAGCAUGCUUACAUCCUGGUGACCACAACAGCUCCACAUAUCGAGCAUCAACCGGCGCCACAAAUGCAUCCUGAAAUUUCCACAUCGCGUCCUCCGAUUCUCUAUAACCAUCAGCCCACACUGCGUUUGCAGCCAGUGCAUAAUUACAAGGCCACCAGGCGUCCCAUUUAUGUGACCACGCCCUCGCCAGCGGGGCCGCCCACUCCAAGUCACACGGUAGAGAUUACGCCGAAAUAUGUCUAUGUUUCCGGAAAGCCUCCCAGUGCCCAGCACCCAGAGUUACCACAUAGGGAACCCUCUACGGUAACGCCCAUUAAACUAAAACCCGUUUUUAAAUACGCCCACGAGCGACCUCCAUUAACGCCGGCAUUUAGACCAGAGGAUGAGGAUCAGCUACCAGAUAUCCGCACCUCAUCGCUGGCCGAAAUUCUUCAUAAGCUUCAGGCCAGCAAUCAUCUGCCACAAACUUUAACACCCGAUAAUAUCGACAAUUCCAUCAAAACAUUGAUUCGCAUACUCCAGAACCUAAAGCAAACCCAAACCAUUGUGGCCAAUCCUCCGCAGCAUCACGAGGAGCACAAGCCCAGUUCCCAGGACUACGAUUACAAUACGGGUAGCGAAGAGGAGCAUCAUUCUCAAUCCGAAGAGGACAAAGAGGCGGUUGCCAAGGCCAAGGGACCAAAUAAGCAUCCUGGACCAAGUACAGGAAGACCUGGCAUCGAUUAUCCCAACUAUGCGGAGAUUCCUCAAACAAGUUUUGAGUGCACCAAGCAACGAUACAAGGGAUUCUUUGGCGAUCCAGAGACCAAUUGCCAAGUCUGGCACUAUUGCGAUCUCAACGGCGGAAAGGCAUCUUUUCUUUGUCCCAAUGGAACUAUAUUCAGCCAGAUUGCCUUGACCUGCGACUGGUGGUUCAAUGUCAAAUGCUCGACGACCGCGCAGCUUUAUGUUCUAAACGAGCGACUUUACAAGUACAUACUGCCUUUCAAUCCGAAGUUUCCCGAGGAUUACAACGGACCCAUUGUGGAUAAGUACCUGGCCAUGAAGUUCCAGGAAAUGGAGGAAAAGAUGCGUCAGGAGAAGCAACGCAAAGCCACUGAACAAGCGGAGAAACCCGUUGAAGCUCCAUCCACGCCUGCGCUGCCCAAAAAUCAUAAACCUGAACCCAAACAUGGUAGUGGAAUUAAUGCCCAGGUGUAUGAGCAAAGCUCCGAGAGAAAUCUACUGAUCGACGAUGAAAUAGAUGAUAUAUCGGAGCGUGGAACCUAUGAUACGUACGAUCAAGCAGCACCCACAACAAUAAUGGCUCCUACAAGCACCCAGGACACACAAUCCUAUGUUCUCAAACCCAUCGUAGUGUCCUCCACUCCACAACCGCAUCAGGAAAUUGAUUUCGAAGCAGAACCAACGGCCCUGGAAAGCAGCGAAGAGGAGGAUAAACUACAGAGCUUAAGGGAAACAAAGGAAGCAGAGAAACAGAGUCGGGAAACCACAAAAGUAAGCGUAGAAAAGCUGGAAGUGAUUGAGAUCAAAACCGAUGGAAACACCGGACAACUGAUGCCCAUCAAGAAUAGUAGCAAAUGAGCAUUCUGAUGAAUUUAUGAAGAGCUUGCCAUAUUUGUAAUGAGAAAUUCGUCUGCGAGUUGGUUGUAUAAUCCCUAAAUUAUUCUUAGCGAGCAAGUACUGUAAAUAGCUAGCUGUAAAUGCAACUGUAUACAUACCUAUAGCUAUAGUGAAAUAAAA